CCGUCACGUGACCCCGUCUGCCGCCGCUUUUAACGUUUGUGCGUUGCGCCCGCCGCGCGCUGCCUGCGCCCUUUGUGUUUACUUUAUCCACCGCGCCGCGCGUCGUCAUCCGCGUCGUCUGGCGACUUCGACGGCGGCCGCUGGCUCCCAACGUUCCCCGGCGAGACGGGCAGGGAAUUUCCCGGUCACUUCCAGGGAAAUGAUCCUCAUGGAGUCUCGGGCGCCCGCGGACGGUCCCGGGAGGCUCCCCAGCAAGGACGGUCGGUCCGCCGGCGGCACGGCACCGGGGACAUCCUCGGCGGCCGCUUCCCCAGCCAAGAUUGCCGGCUCGGGGGCGAGAAGUCCCCAGUGCGCCCGGUGCCGGAACCACAACCGCAAGGUGGCCGUGCGGGGCCACAAGCGCUACUGUCCGUACCGUAUCUGCGUCUGCUCCAAGUGCAGACUGAUCGCCGAACGGCAGGUGGUCAUGGCACAGCAAGUGGCGCUGAGGCGCGCUCAGGCGCAGGACGAGGCGAGCGGGCGCGCGGUCUUUGAAGAAGUGGACCCCAAGAGUCUGCUGGACCAACCGCCGCCCAAGGACGUGGUCAAGCCGCCGCCGGCGCUAGUCACCUCCGCCAACUCUGCCUUCGCGGCCAAAGACUACGCAGUCCGGGGAUCCUGCGGCUCGGACGCCCUGCGUUCUGGAGUGUCGUCGCCAUCGCACCGGCCCCACCUGGCGGAGUCCUUCUGGAACACGACGCUGCCCCGUCUGCACCCGAGCCACCACCUACGACUGGUGGGCGUCCCUCCCCCGGGCCCUCCGCUCCCUGGACCGCCGGUGUUCCCGUCCUUUCCCCUGCCCGCGUACGCGGCCGCGGCCGCCUACCCGGACCCGCACCGGUCCCUGGGGCACUUCGCCCUGCACAUGGGGCCCCCUCCGGGCUCGCAGUCGUACGUGCUGCCCGGCGGACCCCCGGCCCCGAUGGGCCUGGGCUCGGCGGUGCCCGGAAGGGCAACGCUCCCCGCGGCGCCCGUGCCAGUUCCCGUCGCCGCGCCGCAGGUCGUGUACGGCACGACGUCUCCUUCGACGAGCGGCAGCGUGGUUCCCAGUCCCGUGGCCAUCGACUACUCGCAGGGUGGAGACGAGUACGUGGACGUCACGGUGACGAGCCACUCCUGAAGUCCGUCGAUGACGUAGCGGAAGAAACUAGCCCAAGCCACUGCGUCGCCGGGACCGUGACCGGUUCCUCGGCAGGUUUUCGUUUCUGCCGUUGCGUCGGCUUGGAGGCGACCCACGGCACGAUGUCUGUCUGUCUCCGUUGUUUCCGAUCGUCUGUUUUGAAGUCUCGCCCGGUGUUUCCGGACGAGGGUUCGAUCUUUGGGUUAUCCCAGCUGUUGUCUACAGGGACCUUGCAUCAUGUCGAAUUGCUGUUUGUUUCGUAGAGUAAAAAAAAGAAAAGAAGGGGAACACACACGAGUAGAAUAUGUAUAAAAGGAUUUGACGUGGCAUAUACGUCUAGCGCGACAUCUUGUGUUAUCCCCUGCAUCCAUCACCCAACGUUUUCCGGGGCUUGGAGGCAGUGUUUUGUUUUAGCUCAGUCCAAGUGUAUUGGCAAAGUUAUCGGCAGCUUCGAUCGCAGUACUCUGCAGCACAAAGAAGCAUCGGCUGGGACUCGAUGUACUCACCAGCAGGGCGAGAGAUUUGCUUUUCGGAACUGGCCGAAACAGGGCGUGCGUGAAACAGCCCUGUAAGUAUAAUACGGGAAAUAAAUCUAAGACCUUGGCAAGGUCUCGGAUUUUUUUCACGAA